GAGCCUGCAGGGGGAGCCGCCUCCCCGCCACAGCCGGGCCGGCCAUGGGCAGCCGCCUGCGGCUCUGCGGGGCCGCCCUGGCCAUGGCGGGCGGCGCGGCCCUGGCGGCCUGGGCGUGGGCCCGCCUGAGGGGCCGGGGGGCAGGGCGGGGGGAGCCCCCCGCACCGAGGCUUGGUCCCGUCCCUUCCAUCGGUGUCGCCCCGCAGGGGAAGCGGCAGGGCAGGCAGAUCCUGGUGCUGGGGCUGGAUGGCGCGGGGAAGAGCAGCCUGCUGCAGGCGCUGGCCACUAACCAGGCGAAGCGCAGCCUGGCGCCCACCGAGGGCUUCAACGCCGUCUGCAUCGCCACCGAGGAGUCGCAGAUGGAGUUCCUGGAGAUUGGGGGCAGUGAAUCUCUGCGUUCAUACUGGAAGAUGUACCUGCCCCAAGUGCUGCUGCUGAUCUACGUCGUGGACUCAGCUGAUCAUGCUCGGCUGCCUGUGGCGAAACAGCUGCUUCAUCAACUGGUCGAGAACAACUCCACCCUGCCCGUGGUGGUUCUGGCCCACAAGCAGGACCUCGAAGGUGCAUACUGCAUCACAGAUAUCCACGAUGCUCUGGCACUGUCUGAUAUCGGGGACAAGAGGAAGAUGUUCUUGAUCGGUACCCACGUGGCAGAGGAUGGCUCAGAGAUCUCCUCCAGCAUGAAGGAUGCCAAGGAGCUGAUAGCAGAGCUGUUUUUGGAAAUGCAGUGACUUUUCCUUCAACACAAUUCUUGCAGUUGUGGAAGAUGAGGUGUUAGUACGUGGUCGGUUCGCCACGUGGCAGCUGAAAUGUAGAAGUACCUUUUCCUUGUGGGUGUGGAAUUCCUCUGAAAACGAUAUCUAGUUGGUAAGAAAAUCUAUUUCAUAGUGUUUUUAAAAUACCUUUGGAAAAUAAUGUAUUUGUAGCCUAUUUGUAGGGGAAAGUGAAACUCUCAGACAGCAGAGUUAGGGGUAUGUAUAGCUUAGGCUGAGACGGCCGCUUGCCAGGUUGGAAUUAACCAUCGGCUUUAAUGAACCAAAGUUGUAUUCAGUGAAUUUAAACUAGCCUGAAGUCUCAGGUUUAAAUUGAAUUAUGUUUACUUCAUAGGUAAUGGAUUUUACAGCAACUCUGUUAGUCGAGUUGUUCUGUUAAAAAUGAGACCACCUCUUGAGAGUGCCAGAAAUGUAAAAUCCUGUGACAGAACUGCAUUUUUGACAGUGACAAUCUCUGUUUUUGCUCUAUAGGAGCUGCCUUUUAGGGGAGUGACAAAUUGGUAAUUUCUGGAAAUUGGGCUUGUUUACAGCUUCUUUAGUGGAUAAGAAAGACGAGAAAAUUAAAGCAAUAAGACAUUAAAAUUUUCUUUGCUUACGGGGGAAAAAAAAAAACCACAAAACAGUGCAAUUUAAGGUCGUGAUUGAAAGCAUUUAAGUUAGGUUGGCAUCAGAGGUUGGGGGAAUCCAUCAGUUUGAGUGACUUAUUUUGGUUUAGUCCAGAUUGUGCUUGAGCAAGCAGUGUCAUGGGUGAAAAAUUCAUUGCUUUUGGGAAGUGAUUUCUGUUAGCACAGCAGAUAAGGAAGAUGAGUUGGAAAGGAGCGUUACUUUCUCAGUGUCAGUGUCCUUGUAAUUACACUCCAAACAAGUGAUUCAGGUUCCAGGCAGUACUGCAAAAGACACGUUUUAUAACCAAAUGUAUUGUACAAGUUUUUUCUAGUUUUGUCCUUUGUAACAGAUGCAUAAAUCAGAAAAUUUUACUCUUAA